CUCCACUUCCUCCCUGUGUGCUCGUCUGUGCGCAGUGUUGGUUUUAGCUCCGCCCCGGCCUGAAUGUGAAUGGGAGUCAUGAUCAGAGUUGUAGCAGAAACACCUGUGUGGGAGAGAGAAGCUCUGACUCUUUGUUCCUGUGACAGAAGGAGCAGAGACGUGUGACUCGGCCUCAUCCCGGACCAGUUUCACAGGUGAACGGAGAGGAUGAAGAAGACCCUGUCUAAUCGUCUAAAGUUCACCACGGGACUGCUGAUUGGAUUCCUCUGGGUUCGCUUUAUGCUGGACCUGAAGAUUUCAACAGAGCAGGUCAUUUAUUUUUCGAGGGGUAUGGAGCACAAUGUCAAAAAGGGAGACGAAAUACAACAUCAUGAUCAUCAUCAUCAUUCAGGUGAGAACCGGAGCUCAGCAGCUAGUUCUUCUCAACCAACACGCAUCUUAUGCUGGAUCAUGACUGGACCCAAGUACCUGGAAUCCCGAACCAAGCACAUCAAAGGCACGUGGGCCAAGCACUGCGACAAAGUGCUGUACAUGAGCUCUGUGAAGACGGACUUCCCCACUGUGGGGCUGAACGUGAGCGAGGGGAGGGACAACCUGUACUGGAAGACCAUCCGGGCGUUCCAGUACAUCCACCAGCACCACCUGGACGAAGCCGACUGGUUCAUUAAGGCAGACGAUGACACGUUUGUGGUCAUAGAGAAUCUGCGCUACACCUUGUCCAAAUUCGAUACAGAGAAGCCGUUGUACCUUGGCAGACGAUUCGCCCCUUUCUUCCGUCAAGGCUAUAUGAGCGGAGGAGCAGGUUAUGUACUCAGCAAGGAAGCACUGCGAAGAUUCGUCAGUGGUUUCAGUUCGGGGAAAUGUACCCACUUCUCCGACAUAGAGGACAUGGCUUUGGGACAAUGUAUGGAGAAGAUGCAGGUGGAGGCGGCAGACACAAGAGACGUGAAGAAUAGACAAACAUUUCAUGCUUUCCCACCAGAGCUGCACCUGGUCAGACAACCCCCAAGACCACUGCCUUGGUAUCUGCUUUACGAAUACUACAAUGUUGUAGAGGGUCCAGGUUGCUGCUCAGAUUUUGUCGUGUCCUUCCAUUAUAUUUCCGCCGACCAGCUGUAUGUUUUGGACUACCUGACGUACCAUCUGCGGCCAUAUGGAUACAAAUACAGAUUUAAUCCUGAUGAAAAAACUGAACUCGCCGCCGCAUGACAUCCUCGGCAGUAACUGGAGGAGAGGUUGUGUUUGUCAGCACACUUCAGUGCCAAGAUGACUUUAUUCAACGUAAGAUUUUCUAAGACCAUCAUUUUUAUAGCUUUUUUUCUGGUUACAGACCUGUGGAUGUCCUCGGGUCUUCCUGCAAAGGUCUGAUGUCAACUGUGAAAACUGUUUUCAUGAUGUUCGGGAGUACGAGUGGGUGUGUGUUAUUGAGCUGAAAUUAAGAAAUGCGACUAAUAAUCACAUUUUAAGCUGC